UCAAAGAAGAAGGUCGGCGUGACGUUGACCUCGACCUCACCAAGAUGGCGGCGCGGUAACGACAGCCCCAGUUAUAGGCAGAUGAUGGGGUCGAGUGGCUGUGAGGAGACGAGUAGCGAGGUGCUCUCUUUAUUCACCUUCUGUGCUCGGACCAUCAGUGAGAACGUGUCCCGGCUGGAGCAGGGGAUAUGUGAUUUGCCAGCAGUGGUCUUUCAAGAGCUGCUGCAAUUUCUUAACAUUUAUGACCUGGAGAAGAUCGAAGAGGUCGCGGUAAGGAAAGGUAUUUCUACUCAAGCUUUUUGGCAUCAGAUUUGGAAAGAUGUGAUAGGAACAAAUCCUAAAGCUAAGACAGAACAUAUUAACUGGAGGCAAAAGUUUUUGCAAACAUUCUUUCAUGGUGUUCUUUGGGGAACAUUGGAUAUUUUGAGCGUCAGGCAACUAAAUAAUUCUCGUUCUUCUGCGUUAAUUCUCGCUUCUCGACAUGUUAGCAAACUUGUAAUUCGCAACAAGCUUCAAGGAGUGAAGGAACUGGCUGAUAAUCCAACCAUUUGUAGCCGUUUAGCGAGCACCGUGCACAAGCUGGUGUUUCAACAUUUACGUUCUGUGGAUCACACAUUGCAAGAUUCACUGUUAACGUUGCUUCAUGGUCUCAUUCACCAUGGAGUUGUGAAAGAGGUGGCACUGUCACAUUGGAAUGAGCCCCACCCUGAAUUAUUGGCCCUCCUACUGAGGACAAGUGCAGGACUGUGGCAUGCAAGAAAGAAGGAAUCUCAGUGUAAUGAAUGUUGUGAUGAGGAUAGAUUGAAGAUGAACAUUAAAGCAAGGGAUUCAACAGUUCAGAAAAAUAUAUUGGAUUGUUGCCAGCAGGAGGCUGUUAGGAGAUUCACCACUGCUGAAGACAAUGCAACUAAGACAGUUAUGUCUGCAACUGCCGGCAUGACUUCUGAUGAUCUGAUAUCUCCCAGUACAUAUCAUGCAACCUGUGAAGAAAUAUCAUGUGGAGAACUUGGAAUAAUAUCUGAGGCUAGUAAUUGUAGUACACGUAAGAUUCAUCCAAAAAAGUGCAAAUCCUGUCUCGGGAUGCAGAAUCCAUCGAGAAGUCGUGAUGCACGCAGUGUCGUUUUAGAUGUGAAGCUUUUUUCGGAAGGCAAUGGCAGAGCUUCAGCAGAACCACAUACUUAUUCAAGCCAUGAUCUGUUUGAACCAACUUAUCUUUCCAACAAGACUUGUGAAAGCAAUUGUUGUAGUGAGCAGCAGAUUAUUAAAGGGCAGUUGUAUUCUGCACCUGGCAGAGUUAUGAAAGAAAUGGAGUAUUCUGAACAACAACACAGUACUUCUGAAGAAAUAACAAGCUAUUCCCAUGAAGCUAGCAGCAGGACUUUUACGGAGCCACGCUCUCCCCAUGCUGCCGCAAGGACUUCCGAAAGGCUGGUGUCUCAUAAAUGUGCAAAUGGUUUUCAGAAGCACAACUCUGCUAUUGUGGAAGAAGUUGCCUUUUCAGAAGAGCUAGGAUGUCCAAGGAUGGUGUUUGGUGAAUUUGGAACAAAUGCACACAGCAGAACUUUAGAUGAAUCUUAUGUUUGCCAUCCAAGCACUUGUUCAUCAGAAGAUUUGACUCCAUGCUAUGCUUACAAUAGAAUGUGUAAGAAGCCACGACUCACUGAUGUGUGUAACUUCAAGUCAGAAGAAAAAUCAAAGACAAAUCAAAGGUUAUCUGAAGAGAUUGAGAAACAAGGGGACAUCUAUGACUAUAUAUUUAUGAUUGGUAAAAGUAAAACAAAAUCUGUUCAAAACACAUCAGACAGUGAUGAAACCAAUGACAGCCUAUUAGAAGACCUGAGUGAUGAUGCUCUUACUGGGGAAGAGCAAGCUGACACAACAUUUUCAUCUUCUCCAGAACUGUUUGCGAGGAGUGUGUCGGUGCUGGAAAUUACGUCAGUCGCAUUGUCCUACAAAUCUGCUGUGAUGCUAUCCAAGUUGCUCAGUUCAUGGGUUUCCCUCCAGAAACUGGUCUUGGAGUACAAUGGCCUGGGUCCUGCCAUUUUUCUGGUCCUUAAGGGGCUCUACGUACUUUCUUGUCGCAGCAGUUGUCUUUCCACUCUAGUAUUAAAAGAUGAUAUCUUACACCUUCCCCUAGUAAAACUUAUUGAAAUCAUAAUUGGCAUCUUCCCCCACCUUCAAACAUUCCAUUUGGGAUUCCUGCUGGAAAUCCAAAGUGAAUCAUUAGAAAACAAGUUGUUGACGGGUACUCCAGAAAUAAGAGGUAGUUGCCUGGAGAAUUUGAGUCUGAGUUGUACAAACAUGCCGCUACAGGUUGACAUGCUACUGACAGUUUUAAAGGAAUUGAAAGUCCUUAAAUACCUAAAUCUGCACAAGGCAUCAUUUAGUCCACCUGAUGCACUUGGCAAAUUGCUGCAUGCAGCUACAUUCUCUCUCCCUUCAUUAGAAUGGAUCACCAUACAAGAUGUUAACCUUGCUGUUUGCUUUAAGGAAGUUUUAGAUCUUCUGCGCAAUGCACCUCUCAAAGGUUUAACUAUGGAUAACUGCCAUCUGUUUGAAAACCACAUAGAAACAGUGUCUGAAAUUGUCACUGCUCUAAAACAAAAUCAAUCCCUCAAAUCCUUGUCUCUGCCUGCAAAUCGAUUGGGAAACAAAGGUCUGCUGUCACUGUCAAAGCUCUUUACUGAGGAUUCUUUGUCUUGUAUCUCCUGCCUGAAUGUGAGUGCUAAUUGUAUUCGUGGGGAUGGACUACUUGAGUUUGCAAUGGUCCUUACGAAAGCUGACUUGGAACGGCCUGGCCGGCUAAAGCUGAAAGAACUGAACGUAAGUGAGAACCUAUUCUUCAGAGAUCCUGCACUUACCAAAGAGGCAAUUGAACUCUUCAAAAACAAAUGUCAUGUAAUCACAGUACAGUCUCUUACUGACCCAUUACAAGCACUUGCUGAUUAUUCCAGUGUAAUGUAAAUAUUUCCAAUAUUGUAUUUUUUCUGUACCCGUGUUGUUUUAUGACCAAAGCUAUUUGUCUACUUUAUUGGAAAACAGUUAAAAAAAGACAUGAAAUCCAAGUUACUCCAAUGUAAUUUGGCCAACAGACAAUUAUGGGGUUGUUUCUUCCUCCAAGUUUUCAGAGUACUUUGUACUAAUGGCAAUAUGGUUUUAUAAGUAUGAUUUUUUUUGUUAAAGGAUGGUACAGUAAGCCUUAAUGUACCAAAUCUGAUCUUGUCACUUAAUUUUUCAUGCCUUAACAUUACCAGGUUUUAUAAAGAUAAUGUAAUUUGAAGCAAUGAAUUAUUGUAAUAAAGUUUCAUAAUAAAGUUCAGUGGCAAAGAA